AUGUUGGAGAUUGUUAAUGGUCUGAAAGAGAAGAUGAGAUGUUUGUGUCUACAGAACGAACCAAGUACACCCCUGAUACUUUAACAUUAGACUUUAACAUUAGACGAACUAGCUAAAGUAUCUCAGAAGUGCGGUCAUGAAGACGACAAUGUGUUUGAAGAACUAUAUAGAGAGGCGAAUCGUUUACAGUCCAAGAUUAAUAAAGCUUCCCUUUGUUUGUCAGUUCUUGCGGGCAAAGUCUGCCAACAUUGUCCUUUCAAUCCCGCUGUUGGUGGAGGCGCUAGUCAAGAAUACCACCCCUUUGGUUUUAGACCUCGUGGAGCGUGUUUGUUUUGCGAGAAUCAAGACCAUCAGAUUAGAGAAUGUUCGAAGAUAAAAGAAAAUCAUGUGAAUAAUAGGGGAAUGAAAACAGCCAAAGGGAAAUAA